CUAAUUUGCCUCUUAGAAAAAUGAAUUUUAGCAAAAUAGUAAAUUAUAGUUAAAAGACACAGCAUAUAGCAGUGAGUUAUGCAUUUAUAAUAAGAUAUUGAUAGUGAACAUAGCAAAAAAUAUUUUAAAGGAACUGACAACAACGUACUAAGACAAAUUUAAGGUAAAAAUGAUAUCCACUGUAUCAAAGUUUUUUCGUGCACAUCCACUGUUAAAAGGAAUGGCAGUUUACAGCGUGAUAUGGCCAACAAGUUCAAUAGUCCAACAAAUUAUUGCCAAAGAUCAGCUUGACUGGAAAAAAACAUUGAGAUUCUUUCUAUUUGGAACGUUUUUUGUAGCACCGACACUUUAUGGAUGGGUUCGAUUGUCAAGUCACAUGUGGCCUGAGAUGACACUUAAAAAUGGAAUUGUGAAGGCAGUAACUGAGCAAUUUAGUUAUGGACCAGCAACAGGUGUUUGUUUCUUCUCAAUUAUGAGCUUAAUGGAAGGAAAGUCAUGGAAGGAAUCAAGAAUGGAAGUUGUUGAGAAAUUUCCCCAAACAUUUGAAGUUGCUGUCUGUUUCUGGCCAUUCUUUCAAAUUAUUAAUUUCACAUUUAUUAAAGAAAGGAAUCGAGUUCCUUUUGUGGCGUUGGGAUCUUUUGUCUGGACAAUUUUCCUAGCCUAUAUGAAGCAACUUGACACUGAAAAAUUGCAUGAAAUUCACGUUGAAGAAGAGAAACAUCCACACAAGUUUGUUGAACGUUUAAAAAUUGAUUUGCAGCUUCAAAAGUAAUCAGAUGUGUUCCCAAAGAAUCACCUGUGAUGGUUAAACAAAUCGUACUAGUAUAUUAGGAGUAAU